AUGCACGUCUUCGUCACUGGGGCCACCGGUUUUGUCGGUAGAGCCGUCAUCAACGAGCUCAUCUCUGCUGGUCACACAGUCACAGGUCUCGCCCGCUCCGAAGAAUCCGCUGCCGCCCUGAAAGCGAGGGGUGUCAAUGUGCUCCGCGGGACCCUCCACGACUGGGAUAUCCUCAAACAAGGAGCAACCGAGGCUGACGGCGUGAUCAACCUUGCCAUGGACCAUGACUUCAGCAAAUAUGAAGAGAGCUGUCUAGCUGAGCGCAAUGCUAUCGAAGUCCUAGGCACAGCUAUGAUCGGAACCAACAAGCCUCUGAUCAGCACGUCCGGCACCCUUAUGCUCACCAAAGGAAAGCUCAGCACCGAAGAUGAAGUAGUGGAUUACGAAGCGCCGAUGAGCAAUCGAGCCACAACCGAGAUUCUUGUUGCUGAGUUCGCUGAGAAAAACGUGCGUGCUUGUGUUGUUCGCCUGCCGCCCACCGUUCACGGUGAAGAGGACCACGGAUUUAUUCACAUGUGCGCUGCUUUGGCUCGCUCACAGGACAAUGCUAUCUACAUCGACGAAGGAUUGAAUCGCUGGUCUGCGGUAAAUCGCUUCGACGCUGCGAAGCUCUAUCGCCUUGUCUUGGAGAAGGGUGUUGCUGGAAGCAAAUACCACGCGGUGGACGAGGAGGGCGUCCCCAUGAAGGACAUUGCAGAGGCCAUUGGUCAAAGUCUGGGUCUUCCUGUUGUAUCAAAGAAGCUCGAGGAAGUCCAGAGACUUAAUACUUUCAUGUCUUUUAUCAUGAGCGCCGAUAACCCGGUUUCCAGCAAAAAGACUCGGGAGCUCCUUGGCUGGGAGCCGGUUGGCCGAAAGCUCUUGGACGAUAUCAAGGCCGGACUUUAUUCCCAGAAGUAA